AUGUCACCCAUCAACCAUUUCUCCAAGUCGCUCUCCGAGUCGAAGACGAGUUGCAGUAAUGUCUACGGCUCUCGAUUUGCUUCGGAACACAUGCCGUGCAACAGCUUCCCCCAGGAAGAGAUGCCAAAAGAUGUUGCCUAUCGCAUGAUCAAGGAUGAUCUGGUCCUCGAUGGAAACCCGAUGUUGAAUCUCGCUAGUUUCGUCACCACAUACAUGGAAGACGAAGCCGAAAAACUGAUUGCCGAAUCCUCGAACAAGAACGUAAUCGACCACGAAGAAUAUCCCAAGUCGGUGGAAAUCGAGCAGCGCUGUCUCAACAUCCUGGCCGACCUCUUCCACACUCCGCAAAUAAACGGCAAAGCUACCGCGGUCGGAACGGCCUGCAUCGGCUCCUCGGAAGCCAUCAUGCUGGCCACUCUCGCCAUGAAGAAGCGCUGGCAGAACGAGCGCAAAGCACAGGGCAAAGACGCGUCUCGUCCGAACAUCAUCAUGAGCACCGGUGUCCAGGUCUGUUGGGAGAAGGCAGCGAGGUACUUUGACAUUGAAGAGAAAAUGGUGCCUUGCACAGAAACCCGCUUCGUGAUUGAUCCGGCUCAGGCUGUCGAUCUGGUGGACGAGAAUACCAUCGGCAUCGCUGCUAUCCUUGGAACCACGUACACUGGGCAGUACGAGGAUGUCAAGGCCAUCAAUGAUCUCCUGAUCGAAAAGGGACUCGACACCCCGAUCCAUGUGGAUGCUGCCAGUGGUGGGUUCGUGGCUCCUUUUGUCAACCCCAAGUUGAUGUGGGAUUUCCAACUGCAAAACGUUGUCUCGAUCAACGUUUCCGGUCACAAGUACGGCCUGGUCUACCCGGGCAUUGGCUGGGCACUCUGGCGGUCCGUUGACUACCUUCCCAAAGAACUCAUCUUCAACAUCAACUACCUCGGCGCCGACCAGUUGAACUUCACUCUCAACUUCUCGAAGCCCGCAUCCCACAUCAUCGCCCAGUACUAUCAGAUGAUCCGCCUAGGACGCAGAGGCUACACCGACAUCAUGAGCAACCUGACCCACACGGCCGACUACCUCACCGACCAGCUCAAGGACCAAGGAUUCGUCGUCAUGAGCGACGGUGGCGGCCACGGCCUUCCAGUCGUAGCCUUCCGGCUGAGUCCAGCCCAACACUUCUUCUUCGAUGAAUUCGCACUCUCCCACAAGCUUCGCGAACGCGGCUGGAUCGUUCCCGCGUACACGAUGGCAGCGGACUGUGAGAAGAUGAGCAUGAUGCGCGUCGUGGUGCGCGAAGAGUUCAGCCAAAGUCGCUGCGAUAGCCUGGUUCACGAUAUCCAGUUUGCUCUUCAGGCGCUGGCAGCACAGGAAAUUCAGAACAUCCAGCGUUAUCAGGCGUUGAUUGGAAGUCAGCUUGCGCUUCCGAAAGCACUUUGCGUCGAACAAUCAUGUCGUCCCAUGCUUCCGGCCCCGGAAAAGAUGCCGGGAAUUACUGUCAACGCUCGUGAAUGCGUUGAUGCAUAA